GGAUGAUCCUCGCAUGCCGACUGUUCGUGGUGUAUUAAGGAGAGGUAUGCAGGUGGAAGCAUUGAAACAAUUCAUAGUGGCCCAAGGAUCUUCUAGAACUGUUACAGCUAUGCAGUGGGAUAAAAUUUGGUCAUUGAAUCGCAGUAUCAUUGAUUCAAUAGCACCAAGGCAUACAACUUUAUUGUUAUCCAAUUUAAAUAAAGAAAAUGCUAUAUUAUCUUAUCAGCCAGUUGAAGUUGUGGUAGAAAAUGUUGAAAAACCAUAUAAGAUUGAGAAUGUCCCUAGACAUCCUAAAAAUCCCCAACUUGGGCUAAAAAAUUGUGUCUGGGCCACACCUAAAAUUCUUAUAGAUUAUAGUGAUGCAGAGUUAUUAGAAGCUGGACGUCGAGCAACGUUUAUUAACUGGGGCAAUCUUUUAAUCAAGCGUAUUGAAAGGAAUCAAAAUAAUAAUAAAAUAGAGAAAAUUUAUGCAGUAUCUGACCUUGAAAAUACAGAUUUUAAAUCUACAGUUAAGGUUACUUGGCUACCAAGUACUUCUGAUUAUUCAAAAUCUGAAGAAGCGUUGCCUAUUCUAGUACCAGUUGUUUGUGUUUAUUUUGAUCAUUUAAUCAGUAAAGCAGUAUUGGCCAAAGAUGAUGAUUUCAAGCAAUAUUUAAAUACAGAAAAUAGUCGUUGGGAAAUGCAAAUGUUAGGUGAUUCAGAGUUAAAAGAUUUAAAGAAAGGAGAUGUAAUCCAAUUACAACGUAGAGGUUACUUUAUAUGUGAUUCAACGUAUCAGCCAUUCAGUGUUCACACUGGUAAGCAAACACCAUUAGUGUUAUUUAACAUACCUGAUGGUCACACAAAAACAACUCCAAUAACUACUGUUCCUGCAGCAAUCGCCCAAAAUGAUACAAAAAAAACUACAAACAAGAAUGUUGACACAUUAAUCAUUCAAAUAAAUGAUCUAGCUAAUAAAGUACAUAGUAUGAAGGCUAACUUAGAAGAAUCCGUUAAAGUUCUUCUAGAUUUGAAAACUAGUAUAAAGAUAACGGGGCGAAUAUGGGAAGCAGUUAAAGUUCUACUUGCUUUGAAAGCCGAGUAUAAAAAUAUAGCAGGAGUCGACUUUCCUGCCGGUGGUAUUCCAACACCAAAGCAAGCUGAUAAAUCUAACUCUGAACAGAGUAAACCUUCAGUUGAUGCAAUAGUGACAAAAAUUAAUGAACAAGGAGAUAAAGUGCGAUCGAUGAAAAGUAGCAAUGCUUCUAAAAGCAGAUAUUGGGCAGUUAAAGUUCUACUUAGCUUUGAAAGCAGUAUAAAAAUAUAA